CAAAAACGUUACUUUUUACCAUGUGCUUAGAAUGCCUUAAUAAUAUUUGCAUGCUUGUCAUUAUGAAAAGAACUUUAGUAAAUAACUAUUUGAUGUUUCCAGUAUGGUAUAAGUGGAGUAAAUACAGUAGAUACCAAGGAAGUAGAAGUUCUGAUUCGCGUAUAAAUUGACAGAGAAAAAGGGACAACAGGUGGCGCGAUUAGUGUUUCAAAAAAACGGUUAUGGUGCAAGUGACCUAUGUGAUAGUCUGAAAAGGAGAAGCGAAACCGCAGCAGACGUGGGAGGCUCUGGGGGCAGUGGAAAGAAAUCGCAAGACCUAUUUCCCUUAUCACGGGUCAAAACAGCAGCCAUUUCACAGUAUGGAGCUUUACAAACACGACGCUUAAGUUAGGUGAAGGCUUAAGUGCGUUUAAAACCAUGGAUUUCAAGAACCAAAAUGUUGGUUUAGAACUACUCUUGGCACACAUGAAUAUUGGAGACAUCAUUGAGGCUGUGGAGAGGCUCUACUCGGACGAAGAGGACGAAGAGGACGAAGAGGAAUCACAAGAGUCGCUCGUGGCUCUUUCAGGAAAUAAUAUGGAUGAAACCGAGCUUUCGGAUGGCACAGCCUCACCUGACUUGGAUUCCCGUGUGCAGAAUGACAAAGUGAGAUACGGAAACGUGACGGACCUGCUGGCGUUUGUGAACAUGGUGUCCAACACAUCUGCAUCCACGCUUUCCAAGCUUGAAGAUGAGCUCGGGGUGCUACUGAACAAGACAGACAUGGUUAUAAAAGAGGGCCGCUAUCGCAUUGAUUUGGACGUGCUCCUAUUUCCAUGGAGGCUGACUUACAAGGCUCCAGGCUCAGGCCACAUUCCCAAAGGCUCUUUCGGGAAAGUCCACUUGGCUCAAGACAUCGAAACACGCAAGCGAAUGGCAUGCAAACGGAUCCCUUUGGAGCACUUUAAGCCAGCAGAUGUGGAGAUCCAGGCUCGGUUUCGUCAUGAAAACAUUGCUGAACUGUACGGGGCCCUGCUGUGGGAGCAAGGGGUCUAUCUUUUCAUGGAGGCUGGAGAAGGUGGCUCAGUUCUGGAGAAACUGGAGAGCUGCGGUCCAAUGAGAGAGUUUGAGAUCAUUUGGGUCACGCAACAGGUUCUUCGUGGAUUAGAGUAUCUGCACUCUAAGAACAUCAUACACCAUGACAUCAAGCCCAGUAACAUUGUGCUGAUGUCUGCCAAAGCUGUGCUCGUAGACUUUGGUCUAACAGUGCAGAUGACUGAAGAUGUAUACAUUCCUAGAGAUCUCAGAGGGACUGAGAUGUACAUGAGUCCGGAGCUGGUUUUGUGUCGAGGCCACAACACAAAGACAGACAUCUACAGCCUGGGCACCUCCAUUAUUCACAUGCAGACUGCUAGCCCACCUUGGGUGAGAAGAUACCCACGCUCUGCAUACCCCUCGUACCUCUACAUAAUCCAUAAGCAGGCUCCUCCUCUGGAAGACAUAUCCGAGGACUGCAGUCCAGCUAUGCGUGGCCUUCUUGAGCGAGCACUGGAGAGAGUCCCAACACUGAGGAGCUCUGCCACAGAGCUUCUGAACGAGGAGGCUCUCCACCCCUCACGAGAAGACCAGCCUCGCUGCUGGAGUCUAGACUCUGCCCUUGGGGACAGCACACACCCGCUUAUACGCCAACACAGUCAGAUGACUGAUAGCACGCACGACUCCUCUCUGUACCUUGAAGAUUCUGGCCCUUUUAAAAGAAAAGCUUCCCUCUACGUAGACCUUGGUGCUCUCGCUGGCUACUACAAUUUUGUCCGUGGACCACCGAGUGCAGAGUAUGGCUAGAGGACUCCGGGGGUCAAUUUUGUGUUUGUGAUUGUGGGAUUUAUGAGGUACCAUAUAAGGUAUCAAUGUCCUGAAGAAACACAUGGGCUAUGUAAAUGUACGGGACCUUGUUUCAGUGUUUCUGUAAAUUGAAUUCUGUCACCACAAGUACCAGUUUAAAAUGGCUGAUUUGCUUGAUGAUGGGCUGGAAAUUAUAUACAUUCUUUCAGUCCAUAGUUUGUUAUGGAAACCGGAACGAGAUGACUAUUAGCAAUGUCAGUAGAGUUAUAACCUGUAUGCUUGCAUAUCAUAUGUGGUUAAUGGUAAAAAGAGCAAAUCGGUGUGUACAGGUCAUCUUUAAUAAGAGAAAAGUGAUUGUUGUAUACAAGGAAAUGGUACAUAAAGUGUAUACAGGACUAUAAACGAUUAUAGUAAUGAUACUCGGAUGUGUAGAUGUGCAGUGAAUUAUUGGAUUUAAGAGUCAUAGGUUACAGUAUGGGGAAAAGCCCUGAAGUAAUUCUCACUGUCUGUGAAAAUGUGUUGUCCUUCAUUUUAGCCAUGCUGGAUUUACAGUUUAUAUCUGUUUCACAUUUUAUAAGCUUGAGGCUGGGCCUUCUCAGGACUACUACUUGUAUAAAUCAAGAAAAUGUAGUUCAAAAGUGUCUUAUAAUUGCAGGACAAUUAACACUCCUGGUUUAAUAUGUAAUACACACACAUUUAAUAGGAUAUGCUGGAUCAAAUCCUUAUUUCAUUUUAAUACUGAAGGUUUUUCCGCUUGCAAAAGGGUCAUUGUGGCUGCAGGUUUUCAUAACAGCCAAUUAUUUACAGGGGUGGAUAAAGUCUGGAGCUAUUAACCCUUUGUAAAUAAAACACAAUUAGUUUACAUAUGUGCUUUAUAUGUAUGCUAAACAUAACUUCUGUUUACCACAAUAUAAUUAUUAUAAUACAGAACAGGGCAAAACAAAAUUUAGCAUUAUAUUCAAGAUAUUUGCUUGAUGGGGUCACUGGACACUUGCCCAUGUUUGUGUUUUUCUGUACUGUUUUCAUUUUCAGAUUUUCCUGGAAAAUGUUAAUGUUGUUCCUGUGGAAUGUGUUUUUUUUUUGUUGUUGAGUACUUGCAGUGCAAAUAGUCACAAUUGAGCAUGUGCUUUAGACACGAAUAACAACACGGCUGUAGUGUGGCAUAAGAAAUUCUUUAUUCAUUUAGUAGCCUUGUUUAACUAUACGCAUAAAUGUUCUGCAUAUCUGUACACUAUACUGCCAAUACAUGCGUUUUGAGAAACUUUUAUUUUUCAUUAUGUACUUUGGUGUAAGUUGUUUUGUACACCAAGAGUGUGAUAUGUGAAUGUGCACUGUAUUGAGAAUCUGCAAAGUUCAUAGGUUAUGAACUUAAUACAUUUUUUUUUUUAUAAACAUUGUUUUUUUUUUAACUUCUUGAAAGUCUUUAUGGAGUUAAUAAAAGU